CGUGCUUAUUUACCCGAGGUUUUUAUUAUUCUUAGAUUUGUUAUGUACAGUAAAGUUCAGUUUUAACACUUCAAUAGAAGAUAAACUUAGGCUCCUGAAAUAUGGUACUGUUUGACUUUUUGAGCGCUAGGGCCUAGGCCUGUACAGUUUUAUCUGUGAUGUCAUGUUGAGCUGAAAGUUUAAGUUUCGUUAAAAAUCGUGCUGAAUCGAAACGAAAGAAGUUUCUAGAACAAUCAAUGUCGGUGUCUACACUGGAGACGAAAAGGACCCAUUCCGCUGUCACAGCGAAGAUGCCACAGCAGCCUUCUUCACCUCAAGUCGAGAAAAGUAAAAAGGCGAAGAAGAAUAAAAAGAAAAAAAGGCAUUUGAAGAAUGCCAAGAAAAAGGUUUCGGCGACACCACACAACAACGACAACGUUCUUCCACCGAAGGAUUCCCAGCAAUUCUCGGCAAAUUGGAAAACGCUUCAAGAGGCUUUGAAACUGGUGGCGAGCGCCAACAACAAGAACCCCGCCGGGGAUACCGCGGACACGGAGGCCGGUCUCGGCUCGGCCAAGCAGAAAGUCAAAGUCGGUGGAAGCGGUGGGAGAGGCGCCGAGGGGAGCGUGAAGCGGAAGACGGCGGCGAAGGCGGCGAACGGCGGUCCGGCUGCCCGGGCCCCCGGCCGCGUCCCGCCUCCUGCACGGAGCGCCCAGGGCCACUGGCCGGCACAAGGGACGAGUUUGCCGCCCGGCAAGAAGAGCCGGCCGGGCGGAGACAGUGACUGCAAACCAACCGAAGAGGAUAUCUGGUUUGAUGAUGUCGACCCAGAUGACAUCGAAGCCACGGUGGGUGCGGAGGCUGCUGAUAUAGUUCGCAAACGGCAGGGAAUAAAAAAGCCAGAUGCCGAGGCUACAGAAAGGGCACUUGUUCGGAGCGGUGCCUUUGAUGGGCUGACUAAAGCAGUGGCCAUGGACUGUGAGAUGGUUGGAGUUGGACCCGAUGGGCAGGACAGCAUAGUAGCUCGGGUUUCUCUGGUGAACCAGUUUGGGAAAUGUGUCUAUGACAAGUACGUGAAGCCUACGGAAAGAGUGACCGACUACAGGACCAAGGUUAGCGGUAUUCGUCCAAAGGACAUUGAACAUGGUGAAAAUGUGGAGAUUGUUCAGAAAGAGGUUGCUGAAAUUUUAAAGGGAAGAAUUCUUGUGGGCCAUGCUAUUCAUAAUGACCUCAAGAUUCUGUUUCUGGAUCAUCCAAAGAAGAAGAUCCGUGACACCCAGAAGUACAAGCCAUUCAAGACAAUUGUGAAGAGUGGUCGUCCCUCCCUUAAACUUCUCUGCGAAAAGAUUCUCAACAUCAAAGUCCAACAAGGCGAACACUCUUCCGUCCAAGAUGCCCAGGCAACAAUGCGUCUGUAUACACUGGUAAAGAAGGAGUGGGAGAAGUCAAUUAAAGAAGGCCACAAAAAUGGAGAUCCAGAAAUGCUUGAGAGGAAAACCAGGCUUCCAAGGAAUAAAUCCAGUGGUUAAGAAUCUAUAGAAGAAAAGUGUUUGUUGGCAUGGUAACUAACACAGGAGAUGAUAUAAUGAGAAACAUUUUCACUUGUGUGGAACACAAAACCUAUGCAACAUCAAACCCCAGUACCCACACCUCCUUAACAUACACAAGUCUGCAGCUGCUGUAGACCAGGAAUACCGAAGAAAUGUAUUGAGAGCUUGUGCUGUUGUUUAUUUUUAUGGAUGUCUUGUUCUGUGGAGCAUCCAGGAAACAGAUGAAAAUGGCAGUGCUCAGGCUGUGGAGAUCCAUUUUAAAUAUGUAUUUUUCAGACAAAAACCAUGGGAGAAAUCACAUACUACACUUAAUACAGAGAUUAGCUAUUGACUCUUUUUGUCUGAAGUGAUUCAAUUCAAUUUAUUUUUAUAGAGCGCUCUUCUCACGCAGUGACACAGAGUGCUUUAACACA